AGAAGUUGUUUAAGAUGCCUAAGUAAAGCACAAAGUGGUCUAACAUUUUCACACAGGAGUACCUAUUGUUUCUAUAGCACUGAUUACUUAUUAAAAAUUGAAAUCCUCACACCCUGAGGUUUUAAUGCAGGCAGGUAUAUAAAGGAUACAAAUGACACCUCUGGAGGUGUUCUGCUGAAGUACAGAGAAUAGCACUGCUAAGAUUAAAAAAUGGUAGGGUUUUGUUUACAGUUCACACUGCUCAGUGGAAAGAGUACAGUAGGAGUCAGAUUCUGAUGAAGUAAAAACAAGAAACCUCAGACAGCUGACAAUUGUAUUAUUUUCUAUUGUCUCACUGCGGCUGGGAUACAGUACUCUUUAGAAGAUUCAAGUUGUUUUAAAUCCACAUGGCUGUUUAUUCAAGUUCUUUUAAAUCCACAUGGCUGUUUAUUCCAGUUCUUUUAAAUCCACAUGGCUGUUUAUUCCAGUUGUUUUAAAUCCACAUGGCUGUAUAUUCCAGUUGUUUUAAAUCCACAUGGCUGUGUAUUCCAGUUCUUUUAAAUCCACAUGGCUGUUUAUUCCAGUUAUUUUAAAUCCACAUGGCUGUAUAUUCCAGUUGUUUUAAAUCCACAUGGCUGUUUAUUCCAGUUGUUUUAAAUCCACAUGGCUGUUUAUUCCAGUUGUUUUAAAUCCACAUGGCUGUGUAUUCCAGUUCUUUUAAAUCCACAUGGCUGUAUAUUCCAGUUGUUUUAAAUCCACAUGGCUGUAUACUCAGUGUAUUAACAGGCCUUGCCGAUUGAUUUCUAGCAGCCCCUGCCUUCAUACCAUACAGACAGGUUUCUUAAAGCUUCCAGGCUUGAACCAGAUCAACAUUAGUGGUGUUCUCCUUUAAUUACAACCUUUAAUAUUGAAAAGACUGUCUGUCUGUCUGUAUGUAUGCUCAGCUAUGGCCAUAUAUAUAGGUAUGCAUGUCUGUCUGUUUGUCUGCCUGUCUGGAGCACAUUGGUUAGUGUUGGUCAAUCCAUGCCUGCACUUGCAUUGUUUUUGUGAUUUUCAUAAAGGAAAAUAUGUUUUAACUAAAUUAUUUACAGUGAUUGAAUACAUAGAGGAUCCACCAUGAACGAUUCUAGAGUCCUGUAGUUAUUCCAUGCGGGAUAGCUGAAUAACACACAAGCCCCUUAUCCUCCUAAUUUCAAUGAAACAUGGUUUUGUUACUACAGUAUAAUAUUAACCUUAAGCACCUGCUUUAUGUGCUUCUUAUCACUCAAACUACUACACUAAAAACACUGACAGGGUUCCUUGUCUUGUUCUGUUUUGGCUCAACUGUCACAUUCUUUGCACUUUCAUAGUUACAAAACAAAACACACUCUUCAAAGCUGUGUUCACAUAUUAUUCUAGCUCAUAAAUAUAUUGAGACUGAACACAGGAAGCCUACAGGAAGGUCUACUUUUCGCCUAAAUGUCAACCCACACAACACGCAGCGUAUAGCCUGACACAAGCAGGACCCCUCGUGCUAGUAAACACGUACCAGCACGUCUGUACCAGAUGGCUGAGACAAUAACCCACACAGCAUCACCUGCUUUUUCUGUAGGCUAUUUGUGGCAGUUGGUAAUAUGCUCCAUACCGUUAAUCAGUCUGAGGGUGUUUGUGGGCAAAUAACCACACGGAAUUGUUUUUAUUAUUUGCUGGUUAUGUGCAUCCCGCUGUUUAAAAGUGGUCAGGGUUUUACUGUGUGUGGGCGAGGUGUUAGAUAGUGAUGAUUUACAAGAUUAGACUUGACUAAUACCAGUACCUAUUGAUCUGUAUGUCAGAAGAAGGGAUCUUAUCAGUCUUUGUACUGUGUGGAGUUCUAAGCAAUCGCAGGACGAUUGUCUUCAAAGCACUCGUGUGACUAAAUGGAUCAGAACCCUGGAGCUGCUGUUCUCUCUGUGGUAUUUUUUCUGUGUUCAGUAGGGACCUCGCCUCUAGCAACAGAUGAUCAUAUAUACAUCAGGAAAGGGGAUACUGUUAACUUGCCUUGUAAAAAAAGACUUUCACCGAUUAGCGAAUCAGUGCGAUGGUAUUUCACUGCGUCAGCUGGCAAUCGUUUUAAAUUAUACACUCUUGAAAACUAUAAAGCCCAAUUCGGCCCAGCAAUGGAGCACGACAGAAUAAAGAUGUCCCUCAACUCCUCUCUCUCCAUACGCGAUGUCAGAGCAGAAGAUGCCGGGGUGUACGAGUGUUGUUUCUGUUCGAAUAAAAGCGAACCCUGCGACACAGUGAAAAAUGUCUCAUUGUUUGUUUUGCAGAUUGUCAGCGAGCCCCCCAGUGGUGAACCUGUGAUGUUGCAUUCCACCCUGUCUUUGCAAUGUUCGGUUGCAUGCAACAGAUUGAAUGCUGUAUGUAAUCAAAGCCUUGCUAAAUUGGUGUUCACCUGGAGAAACCACCCAGGGAAUAAGAUAGAGACAAGCAGGGAGCGGCAGUACUCUCUUGAGCCUGCAGGUGGCGCUUCCUACCUGCGCUUUCAGGUAGAGCAAUCGGACCACGAGAGGAAAUUGAAAUGUGUUUUAUCAGUGGACGGGAUGGAAAGAGCAUUCGCUGAGUAUCAAGUAUUCAUAACAGUUACAGCGUUGGAUCCCAAUACCACAGAGAUAGUGUAUGUCGCGGAGGGAGAAUUCGUUCAGCUUCCCUGUGUUGGGAUAUCAAGCCGGACGGAAGGCAGGCAUGUGGAAUGGUCAUUUCAAGCGAUUGGGGAUCAGAGCCGAACCCUUCUCAAUGUGUCUGCACCAGCAUACCCCAGAGUCAACCCCAGAGAGACAGUGAGUCUGCUGCCCAAUGCUUCCCUUCUCAAUGUGUCUGCACCAGCUCACCCCACAGUCAACCCCAGAGAGAGAGUGAGUCUGCUGCCCAAUGCUUCCCUUCUCAUCCAGGGAGUGCAGAGCCCCGACACAGGCACUUACCACUGCAGGAGGGACGAGCAAGAGAAAUACCACAUGCUUACUGUGUGUGUUUUAACAGUGAACGCGAAUGUGUCUAGCCCUGUUUCUAAAGGCACAGAGGUUGUUGUGAACUGCUCCCUGCUCUGUGAUCACACUCCCCAGGACGCUGUGCUUCAGUGGAUGGACAGUAAUGGGACCCUGCUGGAAUCAAACACAACUCUUUCUACUGGUCCCAGUGCACAGCUGGUGAUUCCCAGUGCCUACAAUAUGACUCUGAGGUGCCGAUUACAAGAUAAAGAACGAGAGAGAGCCAGCGUGGAAUACACCAUACAUGUAACAGAAGAGCAGGGCAGCAUUCAGAGUAAUCAGACCGUCCUCCUCCCUGUGCUGUUGGGAAUAGUUGCUGCUUGUGUAGCGAUCGCUGCCGUCUUAAUACUGCUUUUAAGAGGCAGAAAAACAGGAGACAAAGAAGAUUCUGCUCUUGGUGUUGAGUUGAAUUCUACACACCAAGCAAGCCAAGUGGAAGAGGAGGAAUGUGAAAUUCAUUACGCUGCACUAGAAAUUAGACAGCCAGUCAGAGACCAGAGGAGAGACAUGAUCCAAGAGGAAGUUAUUUACUGUCUAACUGUGCAGAAUGAAUGAAAUCCUGUGUUUUUACUGUGUAAAACACUUCUAUAAAAACUGCAACAAAAUGAAACUGUGUUACUAGAGCUGUGCUAACUGAUUAUUCUAAUUGGGAUCAAGCUCUUCACAAGUGAGGGUGGAGAGCCCCUCUCCAGCAGGUUUUAUAGGUGUCUUUACAUCAUCUGUGGCUAAAGAUCUGGAACACCUGUUAAUCUGGACUAAUUAACCUAAUAAUUGGUUCAAUAAAGUAACAGAGAUGGGUUGAAAGAAAAACCAGAAGCCCCAGUAGCUCUCCAGGACCAGGGUUGGAGACCCCUGAUCUACACCAACGACCCUCAGCUGAUUGCCAGCCCCUGAUUUCUGUGGAGAGCUCAUCGGAGUCAUCGGUUUGUGCAGCACUAUUUGCUAUGUCUGUUGUCAAACAAACGUUUGUUACUCUUGAAAGCAGAGCAUGUGGUGACUCUGCCUCACCAACCUGCACUUCUAUUAAAAUGAACCAUUUUACUGUC